AAGAAAAAAAGGGGGAGCAAAAAAAAAAAAAAAAAAAAAAAACCUCCACAAACAUGUCGGAAUCCAAGUACCGAGAAUGGAUCCUGGACACCAUUGACUCGCUGCGGUCCCGAAAAGCCCGGCCGGACUUGGAGAGGAUUUGCAGAAUGGUCCGGAGACGACACGGGUCCGAGCCCGAGCGAACCUGCGCGGAGCUGGAGAAGCUGAUCCGGGAGCAGACCGUGCUGAAAGUUAACUACAAGGGCUCCAUCUCGUACCGGAACGCCGCCAAGGUCCAGCGGAGGAGCAGAAAGAAGGACGAGGCAGCGGCAUCGUUAACGGCUGCGGCGGCGGCGGCCAGGCGCGGCGCGGCGGCGGAGGAAGCCAGUCACUCCGACCUCAGCAACGGGGACAGCGCGCUGGGAGCCCCGGACCCGGACGACGACGACCUGGAGGCUGACACCUCUGUGGCUAUGGACACAGACAGCAACCCGGAUGAGGAGGGGGCUGAGGAGAGUCGGGAUGGACAAGAGAGACAAUCUCCCGACCACAGGCAUGAAGAUGCCACAGUGAACUGUGCCCCCGUGCAAGCUGUGUCUGCCCCCUGCUCCCCUGCUGGUGCUCAGCUCGGCCCCAGCCCUGCUUGUGGCUCUGGCUCUGGCUCCGGCUCCGGCUCCGGCUCCGGCUCCGGCUCCGGCUCCGGCUCUGGCUCUGGUCUGGACUCUGCCUCUUCCCAGAAGGCCGGUGAGAGGCCUAGCUCCUUGCCCCCCUCCAGCCCCAGGGCCCUCGCACACAAUGACUGGGCUUAUGAUUCUGCCGUCUGCCCAGUGGAGCACCAGCACCCAGGAAUGCAGAGAGACAAAGCAGAAGAAAUGAAGCCAAGAGUCCACUCUGGAACGAGCAGCCCCUGCACUUUAAACAACGUCAAGAAAGAAGAUGGAGGCAAGGCAGAAGACAGCAGCCUCUCAUCUGACCAGCUGGUACCAGACUCUGCAGCAAGACUGGAUGAGGCGAGGAAUGUCUUGGAUGGAAGAUUACAAACACUGUCUUUGCCACCUGACAACUGUACAUUUGAGAAGCUAGACACAUCUUUCAAAGCAGCUGAAGACGGUCUUCUAAACGGUGGUAAAGCUGAAGUCUCACUGAAGAAGGAGACGGUGAGUCAGAACUUGUUGCUGUGGUCUGUGGCAGAUGUGGCCAGUUACUUCGCAGCUGCAGGAUUCCCAGAGCAGGCCGUGGCGUUUCGAACACAGGAAAUUGAUGGGAAGUCCCUUCUGCUAAUGCAGCGCAGCGAUGUGCUGACUGGAUUGUCUAUCCGACUCGGUCCUGCCCUCAAAAUUUAUGAGCGUCAUGUAAAAGUGCUGCAGAGGACCCAUUUCCUGGAAUAUGAAGACGUCUGACCGAGAUGGCAGAUGGUACUCUGUCAACUCAAACUUUCAUGCAGUUCUUCUCCCAUCUGGAUCCUCCCACCCACCUUCAUGUGCAUUAUAUGUGGAGGGUGUGUGGAGGGGGAGGGGCUGCGGUGGAUUUCACCUUCACUGUGAGAAUGACCAGAAGCUGAAAGACAGUCAUCCUACCUCUCAUCGUGGUCUUGAGUUUUCAGUUGGUUUUAUUUUGUUCCUGUGGCCCUAUUGUUGGACAGAACAGGCUGCUGCAGGCAAAGUAUGAGUUUAAGUGGAGAGGCGGCGACUUCCUGCGACAGUAAAGCGCCGGGUCAUGCAGGCAGCGAAGAGGGCCGAGCAAUCAUUCCAUCAGUACCUGCUGCUUUGGACUGUUUUCAGCGUCUUGGCGACGCUGAGAUACGACCCCUGUGAUAAAGCAGUACAUUCUUUUUUUGUUUUGUCUUGUUUUUUUUUAUUUUUAUCGUGCUGUCUUAAUAAAAUGACUGUGGUCCAACAAUCACAUUUCAUUUUGGGGGCUCAAUUCCAGAUAGAUGUAAACAGAAAAUAUGCAGCCCCUUAACAUCUGUUUUUAUACAUAUGCAAAUUAAAGUAAUAAACUUGCAAGAAAUGUUCUACUGAGCAUAUUGUUGUACAUUCAGUAUAGCUUCUCGGCAUCUGUUUAUGGAGCAGAUAUCUUUAUAAAAGGCAAUAUUUUAUCUGGGCAUCCGUUUACAAUUGGCCUGAUCUCGCUAAGUGUUCUGAUCUAUGCCAGCCACUUGAAUUGUUACAUUCCACAGCAAGUAGUUUGCAUCUUCAGUGUUUGUCAUCUUUUUAUCUGUAUCACAAACCUCUUCCAGACUUGCAAAUAAAUUCAUGUCUGUUCAGUUAUUUUGUGAUCAUUUAUUAAGUUUUAAUUAACUGUUGAGCAAACAAGAAAAA